AUGGUGCAUUGGAUUAUGACUUGUGUGGCUACUUCAUCUUUUUUGCUUAGUAUAAAUGGUUCACUUCAUGGAUUUUUCACUGGAAAAAGAGGUCUGAGGCAAGGGGAUCCUUUAUCCCCGUACCUGUUUACCUUAGUUAUGGAGGUGUUAACACUUACGCUAAGGCGCAGGAUUCAUGAGUCUGUUGAUUUCACUUUUCACCCUAAAUGUGAAGGUUUGGAUAUUCUCAAUCUUUGCUUUGCGGAUGAUUUACUUAUAUUUUUACUUGCUGAUGUGAAUUCUGCAAUUGUGAUCAUGGAGACUCUUGAGGAAUUCAAAAAUGCAUCAGGUUUGGCUCCUAGUAUCCCUAAGAGCACAGCUUUUUUCUGUAACGUUCUUAAUCAUGUCAAGCUGUCUAUCCUUACAGUUUUACCAUUUGAGGAAGGCACACUUCUUGUUAAAUAUUUAGGAGUUCCUUUGGUGUCGUCUAGACUUGUUUAUAGAGAUUGCCGUGGUUUGAUUGAAAGGGCUACAAUGUUUAUGUUACCUGAAGGGGUGAUUAAGGAAAUUGAACAGGUUUUAAGAAAUUUUCUUUGGUCUCAAGGUUCGUUGCAAAAAGGAAAAUCUAAGGUUGCUUGGGAUGUUGUGUGUUUCCCGAAAAAUGAAGGAGGAUUAGGUAUCCGUAGUUUGCAUGAUUUUAAUAUUGCUCUUCUUUCGGAUAGGGAUGGCCAUUUUACUGAGUUUACUGUGGCAAAUUCUUGGGAGGCUAUUCGGCCAAGAAGUGCGGAAGUUCCAUGUUUUUUUGUGGUUUGGUUUCCAUCUUGUAUUCCAAGACAUGCUUUUCACCUUUGGCUUGUUGUAAAGCGAAAGCUUAGGACGCAAGAUCUGAUUAGCUCAUGGGAUACAAAUUCGAAUGAACCUCUUUUGUGUUCACUUUGCUAUCAACAAAGUGACUCCCAUAACCAUUUAUUUUUUGAAUGUUCUUAUGCAUCGCAAGUGUGGAGAGAUGUGUGUGGAUUCAUGGGUAUUCAACAAGCCCUUAUUGAUUGGGAAUCUAUACUUGCAACCAUCAUUCCAGAACCAAAGAAAAAGACUAUUGAUAUUAUUGUUCUGAAGCUGAUAUUUGCGGCCACCUCUUAUUUUAUUUGGCAGGAACGAAAUGCAAGAUUGUUCAAACAGGAGAAAAGAUCUGCUCACAAAGUUACUAAAAUCAUAAUUGCGACUGUUUGUUUGAAGUUUAUCUCGAUGAAAUUUAAGAAGAAUAGCAGAGUUAUGAAGUGCUUGGAAACUUGGAAGAUACCUUUGGGGAUGUCGAAUUUAGCAUAA